AUGCCACCGCAGAGCUUUUUUUGUCCCUCAUUAGCAGUAAUUGCAGAUGUGCUUCGUUUGUCCGAAAAUAUUGCUGGUGUAACAAUCUUAGCAUUUGGAAAUGGUGCACCCGAUGUAUUUACUUCUUUGGUUUCGGAAGAGGGUGUUGGUGAAUUAAUAAUGUUUGUAGAAUUAAUAGGAGCUGGAGUAUUUGUGACAGCAGUUAUUGCCGGUACUAUUGGAAUCAUUGCCCCGUUUGAAAUUAUUGCCAAGACAUUUAUGCGCGACUGUUGUUUUUAUAUUUUGUCUGUAAUUUGGAUAUCAUAUAUAUCUGAAGACGAUGUUAUUGAAUUGUGGGAAAGUCUGAGUUUACUUUUAAUUUACAUAUUAUUUAUUAUUACUGUCGUCGUAAUGCAGUGGAUCGAUAAUCGUGAAUCCAGUCGUAAAGCUAAAAUUUUACAAAUUCAAGACGACGAUAUGCUGCAAUCAUAUUUGUCACCAAAAACAGCGGCUGCGCAUAUCAGUAAACCAGUUAAAGUUGGUCCAUUUAGUAUCAAAACUAAAAUAGAUCUCGCAAUAGCUGCGGAAAUAUCUAAAAUCCAUUUAGACAGUGAUGAAUUCCGAGCUAGCUCACUCGCAGCAGUGUCAUUCCACCCAGGUCGUCCUACAGGUUUAUUUGUUGAGUUUAUAUUCGACAUGAAUCCCAUAAAAGUGUACGACUGGAGAAAUGCUAAUUUUUUACUAAAAAUCGUACUUAUUUUGCGUGCACCGAUAAUGGUUAUCCUACAAUUUAUUAUACCCGUUGUCAACCAAACUGUCGAAAAGUCUGGUUGGUCUAAAUUGCUUAACUGUAUUCAACUUUGCGUCUUGCCCACAAUAGCAAUCGUCAUUUUACAAUAUCAUGAUGUUAAACUUGGACCAUUGCCAUUAGUUGUAAUUAUAUUAAUCCUCGGUAGUAUAGCAUCUGCAAUUCUAAUUGCUAAAACUAGUCUUGAUGAACCACCAAAAUAUCACAAUGCUUUUGCACUUCUGGGAUUUUCGGGAGCAACCCUAGUAGUCUGGGUGAUAGCAAGCGAAGUGAUGGCUGUCCUGGAGAGUAUCGGUUUUGCCAGUGGAAUAUCCGACGCUAUGUUAGGAUUAACCCUUCUAGCAUGGGGUAACAGCGUUGGAGAUCUCAUCUCGAAUGUGGCAAUAGCACGCCAGGGCUUUGCUCGAAUGGGUUACUCAGCUUGCUUCGGCGGCCCGCUUUUCAAUACAUUAGUUGGUCUCGGAUUAAAUUGGAGCUUCACAGCUCUCCGGCAUUCUGAUUAUCGUACCAAAAUAAUCAACAGUGAUAUGAUGCCUGGAUGCUUAGCGUUUCUUCUCUGUUCUCUCAUUACUUCAACCAUUUAUCUAAAUAUCACGGGGUUUGCUGUGAGGCAUAGCUAUGGUUAUUUGCUUUAUUCAAUAUAUUUUGUUUUUAUGCUUAUUAACAUUCUCAGUGAAAUAAAAUUCAUUCAUCCACUUGGCGCAGAUCAUCAACCUAUUAAUGAAAUAAAUUCUUGAAAAAA